AUGCUGACCCCGGACGUGGAGCUGGACAUCCACCGCCGUCGACAAGAAGCGGCCCGCUUGGCCGUAAAACGCCAUCGUUAUUUGCGUCACCUCCGUCGACAAAGUUUGCUUUCGGACAGCAACAACCUUGCCUUCAGGAAUAAGGCUGCUGGAUGCAAUGUCUGUGCCCCUCCGCUGCUCAAGUGCGAGCAGCGACCUUCGCCGAUCCAGCUGCCAGAGAUCCUGCACUUGAUUUUCCAGUUUGUGGUGGACAUGACCCCGCAGGAGGACUUUUCACAGCGCGAAAUCCACAAUUGCCUGCUGGUCUCGAAACAGUGGUACCUGGUUGCCCAAAAGACCCUCUGGCGCGAGAUCCGAUUCAAGAAUCCGGCCAAGCUGGAGCUGUUUAUUAACAUGCUGAGGCGAACCGAGACAGUCGAGCACCUGGGAAUUGAGAGGUGCAGCAAGCGUACGAACGCUACGGAGACUUUGUUUACCGCCCAUUCUGAGCUCGCUAUUGUUCCAUUCCAGCCACAGAGGAAGACCAGUGUGUUUGUUCAAGGGCAGCAGGAAGCAUCUAGAGAGGAUUCAAUCAUGUCGCCGAUGGCUAUGCAGAAGCGUCUAUACGAGCGAGCGUCUGCGGUGAAGAAGAUUGUGCUGCACAAGCUGAAGUUGGUCGAGGACAAGGACAUCAUGCCGCUGACCUCUUGGUUCCACAACCUGCAGAUCCUCGAGUUUUAUAUCUGCGAAAGACUAACGGACAAGAUCGUGGUUUCCGUGGCAGAGAACUGCCCGCAGCUUCAGCAGUUGUUGAUGCCUGGCUGCGCAAAGGUCACAGACAUUGGUAUCAGUAAGAUUGCGCUGCGCUGUCCUCGCAUGAAACAUUUGGAUCUGCGAGCGUGCUCGAACGUGUCGGACGAGUCCCUGGUCCUGGUCGCGAAGCAUUGUCCCGACCUCUGGCAUUUGAAUGUUGGACGCGUCAGUUCUGCAGCGAAAGUGACCGGUAGGAGCAUUGUGGAGAUUGCCAAGAACACCAACCUGAAUACGUUGGGAUUGGCCGGAUGCGCUAUGACGGACGAAGCGGUGAUAGAGAUCGCGCGAUACUCGCGUUCAGUGCUUCACCGCAUCUCGCUCAAUAGCUGUCCGAUGCUGACAAGUGCAUCCGUCAGGGCAUUGAUGCAGCUGUGCCCCAACUUGGCUGUAUUGGAGAUCAAGCAGUGCCUGCUCGUGACAGACAUGGCAAUCCUCUACCGCUUUUCGACUCGACGGGUGCUUGUAGAGUUGUGUCCCGAACUGCAGAAGCGGCUGCUCGAAUACAAGGUUGAGCUUGCAUCGAUGAACGCGUCUAUGCAACCCAACAGCUUCGCAUCGACACAGGUGGCUGGAAGUGGCAACGGCAACGGCAACGGACAGAAUAUGCCUACGAUGCAGGCAAUGCCUAUACAUAAUGACAACCAGAACAACAAUAAUGAUAAUAAUGACCCCGCACAACAUCCGGCAACUACACCUGUUCCACCUCAGCACUAG